UGCACCUCAUUCGGCAAUUGGCCAAUCUGUCUCCGGUUCUCUAUAAAUACAUCUAGCCAGCCAUCUAGGGUUUAGUGGGACGAGAGAACAGCACCAGCACCAUUCUGGUCUCUCACAAUGGCAGGAUUGGUGCUAUCAGGGUGCGCUAUUAAACCCUUUUCCCAAUCUUUACCCAUACCCACAAAAAGGUUCAUCACCAACCCAUCAAAUAUCAAUCUUUUACACCCUAAAGAUCCAAUCUUUUCACCAAACUUUCAUGGGUUCUCAAGAUGGGCAGUCAAAGUUAGUGCCCCACUAAGGAUUCCAUCAAUAGAUCAACAAGAUUUAGAUUUAGAGAGAGAAAGAAUCAGUAGUUUAGAUGUACAAGAAGAAGAGAUAUUUGAUGCAGGGGCACCACCGCCAUUCAAACUGGCUGAUAUUAGGGCUGCUAUACCAAAACGUUGUUGGGUGAAGGAUCCAUGGAGGUCAAUGAGUUAUGUUGUAAGGGAUGUUGCUAUUGUUCUUGGGUUAGCAGCAGCUGCAGCUCAUCUCAACAAUUGGCUUGUUUGGCCACUUUAUUGGGCUGCUCAAGGAACUAUGUUUUGGGCCCUUUUUGUGCUUGGUCAUGACUGUGGCCAUGGAAGCUUCUCCAACAAUGCGAAGCUUAAUAGUGUGGUUGGCCAUCUUCUACAUUCUUCAAUUCUUGUACCGUAUCACGGAUGGAGAAUCAGUCAUAGAACGCAUCACCAAAACCAUGGACAUGUUGAAAAUGAUGAAUCAUGGCACCCGUUAACCGAGAAAACAUUCAAGAGUUUGGAUUGGAUAACACGAACACUACGCUUCACCCUCCCUUUUCCAAUGCUUGCUUAUCCAUUUUACCUAUGGAAUAGAUCUCCCGGAAAGAGUGGUUCACACUUUGAUCCGAGCAGCGAUUUAUUUGUUCCCGCUGAGCAAAAAGACGUGAUCACUUCAACGAUUUGUUGGACAACAAUGCUUGCUUUGCUUUUCGGUUUGAACUUUGUUGUUGGUCCAGUGCAAAUGCUAAAACUAUACGGCAUUCCAUAUUUGAUAAAUGUUAUGUGGUUGGAUUUUGUUACUUACUUGCAUCACCAUGGUCAUGAAGAUAAACUUCCUUGGUAUCGUGGAAAGGAGUGGAGUUAUCUAAGGGGAGGAUUGACCACCAUUGACCGUGAUUACGGUUGGAUUAAUAAUAUCCAUCACGACAUUGGAACACAUGUCAUUCACCAUCUCUUUCCCCAGAUCCCGCACUAUCAUUUAAUUGAGGCGACGGAGGCUGCAAAACCUGUGCUCGGGAAAUACUAUCGUGAACCAAAAAAGUCAUCGCCUAUACCUUUUCAUCUACUCGGUGAACUAGUUAGAAGCUUGAAAAAAGACCAUUAUGUUAGCGACACUGGAGACGUGUUAUACUACCAAACUGACGAUAAACCUUGCAAAGAAAAGUAGAUGCAUUGAAUUUUGCUUGAGAUGAGCAACAUUCUUUUUGAAGAACAAUUGUUUGAUAAAUGAAGAGAUUAUUUGACAGAUAUCAAUAGGGUUUACUGAUGAUAAAGAGUUUAUUCAUUCAGUUUAUCUGUAUUUGUUUAUUGAACCUUACCAUUCUUUCAUGUAUACAUUUAAUUAAUAGAAAGAAAGUAAGUCAUUUUGUUCCAUGGUCAAA